AUGACCCGGGACGAAGCGCUGCCAGACUCUCUUUCCGCACAGGGCUUCUAUGAGAAUUAUGAGCCCAAGGAGAUCCUGGGCAGAGGAGUCAGCAGCGUGGUCAGGCGCUGCAUCCACAAGCCCACGCUCCAGGAGUACGCUGUGAAGGUCAUCGAUGUCACCGGGGGAGGCAGCUUCAGUGCCGAGGAGGUGCGGGAGCUGCGAGAAGCCACGCUGAAGGAGGUGGACAUCCUGCGCAAGGUCUCGGGGCACCCCAACAUCAUACAGCUGAAGGACACUUAUGAGACCAACACUUUCUUCUUCUUGGUGUUUGACCUCCCUGAUAAGAUCCCAGUCCAUGAUGUCACUUCUACAGUCGGGGGCCACACUGUGCCCCUUGGAAUCACCCCCGAGGAGCUGAGCAUGACCCGGGACGAAGCGCUGCCAGACUCUCUUUCCGCACAGGGCUUCUAUGAGAAUUAUGAGCCCAAGGAGAUCCUGGGCAGAGGAGUCAGCAGCGUGGUCAGGCGCUGCAUCCACAAGCCCACGCUCCAGGAGUACGCUGUGAAGGUCAUCGAUGUCACCGGGGGAGGCAGCUUCAGUGCCGAGGAGGUGCGGGAGCUGCGAGAAGCCACGCUGAAGGAGGUGGACAUCCUGCGCAAGGUCUCGGGGCACCCCAACAUCAUACAGCUGAAGGACACUUAUGAGACCAACACUUUCUUCUUCUUGGUGUUUGACCUGGAGUGGUCCUGUUCCCACAGGAUGAAGAGGGGGGAGCUCUUUGACUACCUCACUGAAAAGGUCACCUUGAGCGAGAAGGAAACCAGAAAGAUCAUGAGAGCCCUGCUGGAGGUGAUCUGCACCUUGCACAAACUCAACAUUGUGCACCGGGAUCUGAAGCCCGAGAACAUCCUCCUGGAUGACAACAUGAACAUCAAGCUCACAGACUUUGGCUUUUCCUGCCAGCUGGAGCCAGGAGAGAGGCUGCGAGAGAUCUGCGGGACCCCCAGUUACCUGGCCCCUGAGAUCAUUGAGUGCUCCAUGAACGACGACCACCCAGGCUAUGGGAAGGAGGUGGACAUGUGGAGCACUGGGGUCAUCAUGUACACCCUCCUGGCCGGCUCCCCGCCCUUCUGGCACCGCAAGCAGAUGCUGAUGCUGAGGAUGAUCAUGAGCGGCAACUACCAGUUCGGCUCACCCGAGUGGGACGAUUACUCGGACACCGUGAAGGACCUGGUGUCCCGCUUCCUGGUGGUGUCGCCGCAGGGCCGCUGCACGGCGGAGGAGGCGCUGGCGCACCCCUUCUUCCAGCAGUACGCGGUGGAGGAGGUGCGCCACUUCAGCCCCCGCGGCAAGUUCAAGGUGAUCGCGCUGACCGUGCUGGCCUCGGUGCGCAUCUACUACCAGUACCGCCGCGUGAAGCCCGUGACCCGCGACAUCGUCAUCCGCGACCCGUACGUCCCAGUGUGA